AUGGGAGGAAAUUGUGCACAAGUGGCACAUGGCACGACCCUUUCCCCAGCCCUGCUGGCUGAUCAAGCUUUUGCUCGAUCCUUUUCUACCAAUUAUGAAGCUCUUGGAAGAAAUAAAGCAAAAUACAAUGAAAGACAUUCCAGGGAAAAACUCGAAAAUUUUCUCAAGGAAUUCAAAAUAAAUUGUCCUGAUAAUCUUCAGAAAGAGCUUGGGAAAGCAUGGGAGGAAUAUACAUGGUUACUGAGGAGUGAAAAAACUUUAGCAUACAAAUAUCCACAACAGUUUUUUACGAGUUUAAAAAAUCCCAAAAGCCGUAAAAAGUACACCACCAUGAGACUGGAUCAGAGUCCUCUGUCUAAACUGAUAUCAAGCAACAGAUCGUCACAGUGGAGGGAAGGAGCACAGAUACAGUUAGAGUCACUACAGGCUUCAGAUCAGCUGCUGGCACAGCUUCGAAAGUCUUAUGAUAUGGAAUCGCCAGAAGAUUCAGAUAUUAAUCUUUACCCAGAAGGAUGUGAUGGAAAGCAAUCAAUUUUAAACCUUUUUCUUGUAACUGAGAAAGACCUCCAGGCCUGUCACAAGAAGGAAUACGUAAAAUUAGUGUGUAAAGAGGCAGCUCUUAAGAGGGAAUUUCCAGAGAAGUAUGAAAAAGGGAUGCCAAAGCUUAGCCAAAAUGCAGAGGACAUAAAGGUCGAGGAUUUGGAUAAAAGAAUAAAAAACAAAGGACCUUUGUAUGAAUUUAUUAAAUAUUUCACAAAAGGGAACAAUGAAAUCAUUGCUAAGUUAAGUUUACAAGAUUAUUACAUUUUGAGUACUGCAGAAGAACUGUUAUGUGAGAGUGAUCCAAAUUCCGAGUGGACUUACCGAUAUCCAGAGGAUAUCAAAGACUCUGCAACAGAUCAGCCAACAGUUGCCUCAAAUCCUGUGACACAAAAUGUCACUGGUGAUAAUAUAAGGAACACUUUUCAGGGUAAACCAAGUACUCAGGAAACAUUGAACAAAGCUGGGUCAACUGUAAAGAGAAAUGACCAGGAGAACAAAGUUCAAGGACAUAUGAAAGUUAAUCCAGAUUCAGUCACUAGGCCUACAGAUUUUAAACCAGUCAGUAAGGUCUUGCACAGACAGAACAACAUUCCAGGGGAUGAGAAGCAGAGACAUGUUCCCACGGAGAAUCGGAAUAUAAAUACUAAACCUGCCGGCAGAAGAUUGGAAAGACAGAAUAGUAACCCACAGAAUGAGGCAUUUGGAGCAAUUCCAGAACCAGGGGACCGCAGGGUGACAGAUUGGAGGACGCCCUACUCAGAUCUACAUAAAGCUUGGAGUUUCCAGACCUCACAGAUAGAGGAACUCACCAACAGACUAAGCAGUUUUGCAAGUAAACAGUUGACGGAGGGAAAUGCUGCAUUUACAGACCUAAGUGACAAAAACAGACCCACAAAGAUCGGUGAAAAAUUUGGACUGAUCUAUGAUGAUGAAUGGUCAGAAGUGUUUGAUGAACUCAAAGAUAGCGGAUUUAAUGAUGAGGAUAUAAUCUCAAAACUACAAAUAAUGGUGGAGUAUGGCUAUGAUUUUUGUUUUAAAAAAGCUCUGGAACAAUUGCAGGAUCUUGAACAAGCCAUGAAGAUUCCAAUUCUCCAACCAUUUCACACCAAACAAACCCUACAUGUUCCAAAGGAUAUGGCCAAAAUACUGACAGCAGCCACAGUAAAACAUGCAAAAGAGUACAGAAAGGUCACAGCCUCUAUUUCAUCUCCAGAAGUUUGCAAGGUAUUCUUCAGAGAAGAAGCAGACUUUAUAGAGAGAACUUUCCAGAAAAGCUCUUCUGCAUCCAAACUGAAGGCUUAUAUAGAGGCCUGUAUUGAACAGAUGUGGCUAAUGUGUGUGCAGGACCCACAGAUGGUCAUAGAAUUCGCUGUUCCAGGUACCCCCAUAGACAAGGAACUGUUCAAAUUCUAUGACAAAAAAGGGAUUAUUGUACAUCUAACGGUUUGGCCUGUUGUUUACCUUCAUAAAGGAGGACCCAUCGUCAGCAAAGGAUAUGUCCUACCUAAAUAGUCCCAAAGUCUGUACCAAAGGAGUGUUUCUGUGUAAACUGGGCUUAAUAUACAUGUAUUACAUCAUGUUAUGAACUUACAGUAAAUACUGAAAAAUUUAAUAUUGUAAAGUCUUUAUGUUAAAGGCAGUGUACAGUUGAACUUGUAAAAAAAAAAUCUGCACACAGCAAGGUAAUAUUCUCACACCAGGGAAAACUAGGUGAAAUACAUGUAACUUAAAAAUAUAAAAGCAUACCUGGUAAUUUUGGUUAUCCUUGACUUUACUGACAAUGUAUGAAAGGAGAAUUCGAAAUUUUUAUUUAGAUGACCAUUUUUUAUACAGAUCUACUACCCUGGUAAUAAGGGACUGUUUGUAAUGUAAUUUCAGUAUAGAUCUACUGUUAUAUGUACUUGCAUGGGCCAUGGCUCGAUCAUUAAUAUAAGUUUUUGCAAGGAAAUAUAAUGUUUUUUGGGGGGUAAUGUAUAUUUUCAUCAGGCAUAAGUGUAUUGGAGAUUAAACAGGGGUUUGUUAAAAAAAUCUAGUCAAGAAAGAGAAAACAGGACAGGCAGCUAUAAGGUGUGCAUUCUGUAGAAGAUAAUAAGAUGAUAAUGAUAAUUUUGUAUAAUAAUUUUAUUUCACAGAAAACAAAUAUUUUCUGGGAAUUUUAUUUAUUUUUUUUUUUUUUUUAGAAAUGAAAGAUGCAUUUCCAUGUAUUUGUACUUUUUAAAAUAAAAUAUAUACAUAUAUA